AAAGUGUUUUCAUUCAGUAUCACUUAAUUCAGAUAAAUACGUGGACAGAGACAUAGCUAGGGACGUGAAAGACUUCUUUAACGCACGUGGUCUUCUCCUCGCUGCAGACAUCGACGAGGAGUUCCAGGCGGCGCUGGUGGACCUGGUCCCGGCGCUGCUCGCUCCGGAGAACCUGGUGGAGAAGGAGAUCGGAGGCGUGAAGAUCACCUGCAGAGACCUGCUGCACUACUUCAAGGCUUACAUGAAGAUCUACCAGGGAGAGGAGCUUCCUCACCCCAAGUCCAUGCUGCAGGCGACAGCUGAAGCUAACAACCUGGCGGCUGUAGCGGGAGCUAGGGACUUGUACAACAGGAGCAUGGAGCAGGUCUGCGGGGGGGACCGGCCCUACCUGUCCCCGGCGGAGCUGGAGCGGCGCCACGCGGAGCAGCGCGGCGCCUCGGUGCGCCUCUUCUGCUCGGUGAAGAAGAUGGGCGGCGAGGACUUCUGCCGGCGCUACCGGGACCAGCUGGAGGCGGAGCUGGACCACGCCUACGCCGCCUUCACCAGGCACAACGACGCCAAGAACAUCUUCCACGCCGCGCGCACGCCGGCCACGCUGUUCGCCGUCAUGCUGGCCAUGUACGUGGCGUCGCUGGUCACGGGCUUCGUGGGCGUGGGCGCCGUGGCGACGCUGUGUAACCUGGUGAUGGGCGCGGCGCUGGCGGCGCUCUGCGUCUGGGCCUACGCCAAAUACUCAGGCCAGCUCCGCGAGGUGGGAGGAGUCAUCGACCAGGUGGCUGAGACGCUCUGGGAGCAGGUGAGA